CCAUAGUAACGGCCGGGUGUAGCCGCGGGAGAGCGGAACUCCGAGCUGAGAGUAGUGCGCAUGCGCCGUGGACAGAGCUGGACAUGGAGAGGGAAGAAGCAGCUGCAGAGGCGGCUGAGUCGUGGUACCAGCUUCCAGCAGAGGAAGAUGCCAGCAUCGCCAUGCCCACGCUCGGUGAGACGGCUGCCCACGGUGAGCACACAGACUUCCCCAGUGUGGAGGAGGGCACUCUGCUGUCGGAGGCGGAGAUGAGGAAAGACUUCUCUGCUGGACGGAUGGACUCUGUGCGGCUGGAGAUCCAGGACAGUCGCCUGUCUCCCUGCCUUCCGCUCCUCACCACCCUCUCCACCUCAGGAGACACUUUGUUCCAGAAGACAGUUGGGGACGACUUUGCUCCUCUAAGAGCUUCCUUGGACAUGUCAGAGUUCCCUGGACCUCCAUCAAAGUUGCUUCAGAUGAGUGAUGCUGUGGAGCUGGCCAGUAAAGAAAUAACCAUAGAACAGGAGGAAGUGAGCAUCUGUCUGUCGCAGCAUUACUUGAGGACAACCCUGGAUGACAAUGGAGAUGGUGGUGGGCUUCACCCAUUGUCUUUAAGCCAUGGUGAAAAAGAUGAUCGAGGCAAUGAACUGGAAUCAGAAGUCAUAAAACUGACAUUAUCUGAUGAUGUUAUUCAACCUAAAGUGGAUGAGAUGAGCAAGGAUCUGGGAAGUGAAGAUGGGGCCUUUUUAAGCAGCAGUGUCCCUGCCCCUGUGUUGAUGCAACUGCUGGAGAAAGAAGUUAGUAUGUCAAGUAGCAGUGGAAGGUCCUCUAGACGUUCUUCAAAGUCAUCCUCUGCUGGAGGUUCAGAGAACAUUCAAAGGACGAAACAGGAACCUGAUCUAGAACAUCAGAACCUCAACAUCCAGGAUCCUGGGACUACUUGCAACCAGUCUUUAGAAGAGUCAUUUAGAGACUCAAGUCAAAUAGAUUUUGUAAAGGAUAUUGAAAGAGAAACUGAAGAUCCCAGUGGGAUUACUCUGCGACAGAUGAGGCAACAGUCAUUUCAGCCAGUGAGAGAUGCUCUCCACAAGCAGCUCUGCUCCGAAAUCCAGCAACGAUACCAGGAAAGGAAGACGUCAGAGGGUACCAAGAGCGAGAAAGAGUCCAUUGGUCCCGAAAGUACACCUGUGCUCAACAAAACCCCUUCUGAACCACCCAACAAGGUGGAUGAGACAGUGGUGGAAGACCACUUGAAGGAAGAGUUGAGUAGGUUAUCUCGUUGUAGUAUAGAACGUGGACAUAAAGAUACAGAGAUGUCGCACACAGGAAACACUCCGGUAGAUGAGGCUUCAUUCAUUGGCAGAUUGCCUCAUCCUGUCUCUCAGUCGACGCCCGGCACAUUUACAAUGAACCGGAAACCACUGUCGGGUCGAAUACAGCAAAUCAAGGCCAAGCUGACCGGUUCUGAUAUGUCGUUAAAUGAGGAGCCUUCCACAGAGUCUUCAGCCCACAAAGCAGCUCCUUCUGCAGUGCCCCAGUCUAUCCAGAGCAGCCAAGGAUACCCAGAGAGCAGUGACUCUCAGAGAUCACUGUCUCCACAAAGACGGAGAAUUCAGUCUCUGCCGAGUCUCAAUUAUAUUGAGAAGGUUGGAGCUUGGAAUACAAACCAGACAUUUGAUGCCUUGGUUCUUCGUGGUUUAACUGGCGUGUCUCCUAAAAAGUUAGCAUAUAAUGCUGUGGCCGAUUCCUUGAACCGCAUGUUCUCCAGGCAGACCAGUGCCACAACCCUGAACAAAGGGCCCUCUGCCACAGUCAAAGCCACGUCCUCUAUGACCAAUCUGAGUGUGGCCGAGAGAGACUCGCCCACCAUCUCCCAAAUCGCCAGGUCUCAGUCUUACAACUCUGUGCUACCUGGAAGAGAUCAAACCGAAGCAGAGUUACAUGAGACACCCAAGUCCGAAACAUCACAGUCGCAUGUCUCGUUGAGAGGUUCCUCCUCCACUGUGGUUAACUCUAGUAAGCCUGUCCAAAAAAACACUAGUGAUGCAGGUGUCAGAGGCCGUGACCUUUCUGCUGCUCAAACAACUUCUGAAUUUAAGAAAAAGUCACAUGGUGGACAAGAAAAGAUGUGUGAUGGAUCGGGGAAUCUGAGUCGUAACUUUGUAACAAUGGAUCGAUUCAGUGAUGUCUCCUCUGAUCAAGAAUAUGCCGAUAGCUCACAUUCCAGUAACAAGGGGAAGGGAUCUCUGACUUCUGCAAAGCAUCACCUGACUGGUGGAGAAGGCAAUGAUUGGUCACCAACUGAAGAGACUUCUGGGAAGGAGGAGCUCGACAUAGAAGAACGAAUACCUACGUAUCUCAGGAACCUCGGUAUCGACCAGUCCCCUACUGCUAUCCUGACACCAUUUGCUCCAAAGGGACCCAUCCGAGAACCAGAAUUCUCCCCCUCAGAACUAAGAACAAUCAAGGGAUCCACAGCGACUCCCAGCCGGAGCAUGAGGCUCUCAGAAGGGGGCUCUCAGAGUGCUGUGAAUAUUUCCCAGUCCAGUCUGUAUUCGUCCACCUCGACCACCAGUGUAUCCAUUCCUAUGGGAUCAGACGUUGGGCCAGAAUCUCCUUUACCCACUGAAUUGUCUCCUGCGUUUGGCUCUGGGUCUGCUGACGAUAGACCGAUCAGCCAGGAUGACACCAUGACUCGGGGUGUAGGAAGUGGUUUGGAGGUGCACCAUGUAGAGAGGUCUCCGGCCAUUGAACCAGUCAGUGAUCUCAACUCGCCGUCCCAAGGGUUCAUGAAUGAGGAGAACACAGAGUCCGCGCGGGUGAAACAACUGAUAGAGCAGUUUGAGUCUGGUGGAUAUGAUGGGACCAUCUCACAUGACAGUGUACAUGAGCAGGUGUUAUCUUUACAAGGUUACUCCCAAAACACUCCCACCAUAGAUCCUGUUAACGACUCGUUUGUUGGGUCCAAAACCCUCAAAGAGAUCCGGAAACUCUUGGCAGAAGCAGAAGAUGUCGGUCUUGAUAGGACUAGUUCUAGCUUACAACGAGCAUCUCCAGUAGGGGAUCCAUACACCGAGGCUCCUUCAAGGUGCCUAAAUCUAGAAGACUCUCUGAAUAGCAGAUCGGCAAGUCCUCUGGAUCUUCAGGUCAAGGACAUGUCUUGGGACUCAUCAUUUAAAAGCAGCCUAACAGGUGACCACUUGGGAAAUAAAGAUUUGUCGACGACUUGGAACAGUGACACUGUCCAUAGUUCUUCUGUCAGAGACAACUCUUAUUUAGGAGAACUUAUUGGAAUCAGAAACACUCAGGCCGCACCUUUCAGUCAACGGAGCCAGUGGGGAAGGUCAGAGCCAGAAGGCUGCAGUAAAGCCACCACAAAUAAGAUGAUGCCAUCUACUGCUAACGUCAGGGGUGAAAGGGAGUUUGUGGAUGUAACCGAGAAGGUGCAGCGCAGUGAACAACUUUUAAGCAGCGUUUCAAGUUCUGUGGGAGGCCUGAAAAACGCACUAGCCCUAACGGGAAGUGGGUACGUUCGAGGGAGGGAAACUGAAAGUGACGAAAGUAGUGGAGACUCCCUGGCGGCGCGAGUUACAAACCUCUUGAGGAACGACGCCCCAUCGGUGCGAACAAGGCAAAGUGCAGACGAGGAGGAAAGGAGAGCUCGAGGUUCAGUGAAGCUGAAGCUGACCAGUCGCUCGGUGACGCCGGACACGGAACUAAGCGAAGAGGACAGAAGACGGAUAGAGGAAAUCAAGAGAGAGCUGCUGGAUGGGGCUAAGGAGGCAGAGAAGGAUUAUUCACAUCCCAACAAGCUGGCUUCUUCAGGAGACGUGGGGGAGUUCAGGUUACAGCUGACACCAUCACCUUUCCAGUUACCCCUCACCAGAUCUCAGUCCUCUGAGGGAACAAAAAAUAUAACCUCCAGUGUCCAAGCAUCAGAUGUCCAACAGGAAGCUAAGUAUGGAGCAAUGACUAAAGACGUGUCCUCUGUGAUGUCUGAUCUCCCUCCACCGACCUCUGCUUCAUAUCAACAAGAUCCAUUAAUAACUGGAGCAGCGGGAAGAACUAUUACUGAACUGAAGAGCCAAAACAUGGCACCCGUCAAAUCCACUGAAGAGGCCACAAAGCCAAUAUCUUCUAUCACAUUUUCCUCCCGUAAACGUUCUUCACCUCUGCCCGGCGCUCCCGAUGAAGGUUCUCAGCCACGUCCUUCUGAUUUACAAGUUGUCUUCGAUAAGUCACCAGCCAACCAAGGUUUGAACCGUAGACCUUCUCCUGAACCAUCAGUGUCAAAUCAUGUCCAUCGUUUUCAUCAUCAAGACUACCAGGCUGAUAAAGAUGUGCUUCCUGCACUUGCGACUUCUCAACAAUGGCGUCCUAGAGAAUCUACAACCCAAGAGUAUUCACCAAGGUCCUGGGCCGCAGAAAAAGAAUAUUCUGCAGCUGCAUCUAUAUUAUGGACCUCUGGUCCAACUGUUGAGAGCUUUAGUACAUUCCCAUGUCCUCCAAAGGAAAAUGUUGAUCCUGGACGUGUAAAUUCAGAAGAUUCUUUACUGAUUAAUCAUGGUCUUCAGCAGAAGAACAAUAGUGGUGGUGGCCAACUAAAAACAUAUAGUGGACUGACUUGUGAGGAUGGGUUACUUCCUUCAUCUGCUCAGGAACUUCAGACCAGACCAGCUAUAUCAUCUCCAACUCGGAAAGCCCUUUCUUGUAUCCAUGUCACGAUCUCUCCGAAGGAUGACAUGAAAGUGCUUGAUGUGUCCAAAGCCCUGGUGACAUUAGAUACUGAUAAUGGGUCAUUGGCUUCAGAACUAAGGGCAAAUGGCGAUAUGUCUAGGUCAUCUUCUUCAAACCUCUCCAGGAAUGACCAGGUCCUUAGCUGUAAUGACCUAUCUGCUGGAACAGUCCCAGUCGGCAGCUUCCACGUGAUCCAUAUAAGAGACAGUAAGACCAUUCAUGAAGAUAUCGUCCAGUUAAUGGGCAAAGAAAACCUUCCCGACAGAUCGAUCCAAACUGAAAGAAGAAGCUCUCCAUUAUCUGAUGCCACUACCCAGAUAACCACAGAAAGUCCACAGAAAACCACCUUUUCAGCUGAGAUCUUUGUUGAUGGGCCAUUAAGAGAAGCCUCCACAUCGUCAAUCCUGAGAGUCAACGAAACUCCUGACCGGCAGACACCCUCCCGUUCACCACUGUCCUGCCUGUCCCGAGCUACAGAUCAACCUCUGCUGCUGCCGUACCGACCGCCGGGGAGCCCAGAACUGUUCUAUGUGCCCUUUAUGGGAGGAGGAUCCAGAAUGUCCCCGGUCAGCACCAUCGAGAGCUCCCACCCAGGCUCCAACGAUGCCAUUUCCCCAAAGUUUCCCCCGGAUGUAUUGGGGUCCGCCACAGAAAAGCUGCCAGACCCCUCUAUACCCAGACACCGAGAGGGCAUCUACAGUAAAGAGCCGAGCCCGCAAACAGCAGAGUGGAAGCAAAAGCCGGCUAGAGGCCCGCUUGACGACCUGAAAUCCUCCCAGCGUUCAUCAUGGCCCUCUCCACCGCAGUCUCUGGCAGAGAAGGAUCCUGGGAGCUUCGGUAACAUGUCCUCCAGCACUGUCCAUCCUAGACAUUCAGAGUCCAUGGAGCGAUCGGACCCUAGGGGGCUGCAGCCGGCUCCUUCCCCAGAGGACAGCGAGUUCCUUCCUUUACAGCCGAAAAUUGAUUAUUCCCAAGAUCAGGCGAAUGUUACCCGACCAGCGAGGUCCAAGGCCCUGGAGGUGACAGUGAGGAAGAAAACUCACUCUGUGACUAGCACUGACCUUCCUGGACGAGGUCACAAGAGUGGACAGACCCCUGGAAAACCAAGAAGCUCAUCCCGCAGCAGCCUGGACAGGAGCAUCUCGAGAAGUCAGAGUGUGGUCUCCAACCAGAGCCUGGACGAUCUGUGGACGCGCUAUACGGAGGGCAGAAGAAGACAACAGGCGACUGAAUCCAGCAACAAGCUGGAGGUGUCCCUCGUGGAACGUCUGGAGCGCCUGGCCAGGCUGCUGCAGAACCCACCAUCCCACUCACUGACAUCAUCUAAAGAUGAGAAGAAGGAGGAUAACCAUGAGAAGAAAGCCGCCCGGGAGCAGUGGUACCGAAUGAAACCGGGAGUGGAUGAUGAUUCAGUCGGUAAACCCUACGAGGACAGUCCUGACAGCGGCUCGCUGCUUUCAGAGCCCUUGUCUGAGGUGAGAAGUACUGUGACUGAUAGUGCCGCCACCACCACCACCACAGCGUCACAGGUGGGCAGCGAGACCUCCUCCGGCUCCAUGUCCACAAUAGACACCAUCAGACUGAUUAACGCCUUUGGAGCUGAGAGAGUUCUCCCCUCAUCAAGGCUCAGCCGUCUCUACAGCACCAUCGACCUGCAAAAGAAACGCACCGAGGAGACUGCGAAAGGGUCAAAACGAGCCUCUGUAGGCCGGGGGCAGUCCAGGAUGGCAGUACAGGAGCUCCCGAAGAGUAAGAUGGCAGAUGCUGAAUCUGUCACCUCGUCAGAUGGUUUAAGGGAACCAACUCCAGCCCUACGAGAAAAGAAGAGCAGCCGGGGACAGAACAAAGGCGUUCAGGCAGGAGAGCUGGAGAUUGUGAUGAGCGCCACCAGGAAGAACACCAGAGAUGUGGGGACCACCUUCCCGUCCCCAGGAGGUGAACGGCUGACUGGUCCGGGAGCUUCUGAGAACAUGGAGGCCAAUGUGAGAACAUCCAAGAGCAAAGUGAACACGAUGGCACAGUGCGUCCCACCAGGGCUGAGCUGGUUUGUUCCAGCUGAAGAUCUGAAAUCCGAGUCCCGGAAAGAGAACAUGCCGGGGGUCCCAAAAGGUCCAGGUCCAGUCUGGUACGAGCCAGUAACCAACACCAAACCCUGGAGAGAACCCCUGCGGGAGAAGAAUGAGCAGGACUGGGCCACAGGCAGACCAGGCCGUCCGAUCCACAGCACCAGAGUCAUCCCCGGUGCACAGGACAAGCCAUUCAUCAGGGUGACCCUGCAGGAAUAUCUGAGGUCUCAUCGGCCGGACUUCAUCUUCCGCUCCGGGGAGAGGGUAAAACGACUGCAGCUUCUCGCUGAGGAACGCAAACUCCAAAGCGUGUUCCAGGGUGAAAGAGAUGAGCUCUUCAACCAGACAACGAGAAGUAGAGUCCCCCGAUACAAAGAUUCCAGAUUAUUCCAGCAGAGCCGAACCGUCCCGAAGAAAGAGAUGAUCCAGAGGUCCAAGAGGAUUUACCAGCAGCUUCCAGAAAUCAGGAAGAGAAAGGAGGACGAGAAGAGGAGAUCGGAGUAUGAAACCUAUCGUCUGAAAGCCCAGCUGUUCAGGAAGAAAGUGACCAAUCACAUCCUGGGCAGGAAGACCCCCUGGAACUGACCCCUCCCCCUGCACACCAGGAGUUGCCUCCUUGACAUGUGACCAUACAGGCCACGCCCCUCCAACUGUGUUUUGUAUAUUUGGG